AUGUAUUCAUAUCAAUCUAUUAAUAUAUCAGUCCUCCACUCUCUUCUAUCUAUCUAUCUAUCUAUCUAUCUAUCUAUCUCUUUUCCCAUAUAUAGAUUCUUCUAUUUCUUUGAAGGGUUUCACUCUCUCUCUCUCUCUCUCUCUCUCUCUCUCUCUCUCUCUCUCUAUUUCUCUAUUGCUUUUCUCUUUCUCUUUAUGUCUGACCUUCCCUGUCUCCUUUUCUCUUGUUCUAUCACUUUCGCCAUUUUCCCGUCAGUCUCACAUUUCAAUCCACUUUUCGUACUUUUCUUUUUCUUUCUGUCUAUAUUUCUCUCUAUAUAUAUAUAUCCCUCUUCCUUUUCUCUUUCCCUCUAUCUUUCUCACCCUUUAACUUCUAAUUCUCUUUCUCUGAUUUUCGCCUUGGCUCCUCUCCUCUUUAUUCCUCUUUCCUUUCUUUCUCACUUUUUCUCUCAACCUAUUGUUCUUUCCAUUACUUUUUUCUGUGACUCUCUCUCCCAGUGCACAUAUUUUGCUCAUCUAUCUAUCAUUUCUAAGAUUUCUAUCUAUCUAUCAUCUAAUCUAAUUGUUUAUUCUAUUUCUAGAUCUGUCUCUUUCUAUUCUAUUAAAUCUAUCUAUCUAUCUAUCUUUCUAUCUAUCUAUCUAUCUAUCUUUCUGAUUCUUUCAGAUCUAUCUAUCUAUCUAUCUGAGUUUCUAUCUAUCUAUCUAUCUAUCUUCUAUCCAAAUCUAUCUGAUUCUAUUCAAUCUCUCGUUCUAUCUGUUCUAUCUAUCUAUCUAUCUAUCUAUCUAUCUGAUUCUAUUCAGAUCUGUCUCGUUCUACUGAGAUCUAUCUAUCUAUCUAUCUAUCUAUCUGAUUCUAUUCAGAUCUCUCGUUCUACUUUCGAUCUAUCUAUCAAAAUCUAUCUAUUCAUCUAUCUAAUUCUAUUCAUCUAUCUGUUCACUAAUUAUCUAUCUAUCUAUCUAUCUAAACACAUCUAUCUAUCUAUCUAUCUAUCUGAUUCUAUAUUUCUAUCUAUCUUUACUACCUUUAUCUAUCUAUCUAUCUAUCUUGCCUAUUAUCUAUUCUAUCUAUCAAUCUACAAAUAUCGUAUCUAUUGA